CGUCACGUGACCUCACUGUACUCGACGUCACGUCACCUGCUGUCAGAGACCGCAAAGAUGGCGUCGGAAGGGACACUGCAGCGGGGCAGCAUCUCUGCGGCUUUGGCCGUUUUUCUCGGUUUAUUAAACGUACUGAACACGGGAAACUGCGACGAGCAGGUGCCGCUGCUUCUGUGGACCAGCGAAGGGAUCUCUCUGCCCACUCAGACCCCUCCCACCGCCGGUCACAUCGUCGGGCAGCAGCAGCUCGCCUCGUACCUGGAGACGGCUCUGAACGUGGGUCCACGAAAUGUAGUGCUGUUCCUUCAGGACAAGAUGAGCAUAGAGGACUUCACCAUGUACGGAGGAGCUUUUGGAAACAAGCAGGACAGUGUUUAUCCAAACCUCGAGGGGGCUCUGGUGUCCUCGUCCUCCCCCCUGGUCUUACCUGCUGUGUCCUGGCCCGCCUCCAACGCCGUGAUUGGCCAGCUUCAGGACCAGUUGGAAACCUCCCCUCUGUACAUGGACCCUGAGACACUGAGCCAGCUGAGACUGAAUGCCUCCUCACCGGCCCUGCUGGUGUUCAGGCUGCCCUACGGCAUCGGGGCUGAUCUGAUGUCAGCUAAAGAGGUUCUCAGUGGAAACGAUGAGGUGAUUGGUCAGGUGUUGAGCAUCAUGAAGAGCCAGUCUGUUCCAUACACAGCCAUUUACACAGCCCUGCGGCCCUCCAGGGAGGCAGCGUCUCUCUCUAUGGAGGCAGGUCUGGGUGGAGGACGCUCUCUGCUGCAGUCCAGAGGUGGAUACAGGGAGAGGGAGAGAGAGCGGGAGAGGCAGCGGAGGAUUAAAGAGAAGGCUGGGAUCUACGCUCCAGUGGAGUUUAAGGAAGGGGAGGAAACCUGUAUCCUCCUGUGGGCCAAGGGCCUGUCGGUGAAGAUCCUUCGGAGCGGCCGCUGGGAAGAGCAUGACCUGACCCCGUCUACCUUCGGGGAGGGUGUCAGCCCAAAACUCCACGGCUCCAGCUGCGACAAAACCAAAGCAAAGUUGGUUCUUAAUUAUGAGAACGUCCUCGGCCACCGCAGCUUUAAACUGAUCUUUGCCAUGAGCCAGCGUCACUACAAGGUGUCCGCCCGCCGCUGGUUCACACUCGACGCCGUGGAGCUGGAGUACGAUGGGACCAAAGCCACAUUCAACGGCAGCAGAAACAUUUACGCCCCGGCUGAGUACUCGUACCGCUGCGAGUCCGUCACCAGCUUCCGUUGGCCGCUGCUCGUCCCGCGCUCAUCCAAAGAUCCAGCCAAUCAGUGGAGGGUCUCCUUUGAAGACUUCCAGAUCCAGGGCUUUAACGUGACUGGCAGUGAAUUCUCCUACGCCAGUGACUGUGCGGGCUUCUUCUCUCCUGGUAUCUGGAUGGGUCUGAUGACCAGUCUUCUCAUGGUCCUGGUUCUCACCUACGGCCUGCACAUGAUCAUGCAGCUCCGCACGAUGGACCGCUUCGACGACCCCAAGGGCCCGGCCAUCUCCGUGCCCCAGACGGAGUAAGCACACCCGCAGUCUGUCCCCUGACUUCACCCUCCAUCGUUCCUCCUUUCUGUCCCUCCUCUCACUGCAAUGCUUCCACUCCCACCCUGUUCAUGCCUCCUCCCAUUCAUCUGUAGUUGGGCAUUAUACACAAUAAGUAGUGAUGUUGUCAGAAUAAGGGUUUAUCCAUCACAGAACAGUUGAUGCCUUUUAAAAUGUUCAUCCUGAGACUGAAGGAUCUGGUUUUCAGGUGGUCUGUGCCUCUCGUGUUUUAGCGUCAUAUUUGAGUUCCUGUUUCUCUUACAGUGAAUUUUUAUAUGACCAGGAGACAGUAAGACUUUGUGUUGGAGAUUUUAAUGCAAAUUUUUAACUAUAACAAUAUUUACAAAAAAUGCCAUGUCCAAAAUUAUUCAUACCCUGAAAAAUUAUUUAAACUUCUUUACCAGUUCAAAUGGUCCUGGUAACUUCUACCAUGUCAUAAUUCUAGAGGCUAGAAAUAUUUGAAGUAAAUGAAUCAGACUGGUCAGACUCUGUUCUGAUACCUCUGGUCUGAGACCUGUUGACUGACUGGUCCAUUGUGAUUGUAAGAGAGAGAGAAUGAAAUAGCUAAAAGAAGCCGAAAUCGUGUGGUGAGAGGCCAAGAAGAAUCCAGAGCAGACGCUGCUCAGAGCUGGUCUCCAUGGAUGCCGACCAAGAAGGACUCCAGUUGGCCAAAGAAGAACGGAGAAGCAUUCAACCCCAAGAGGACCAUCGCCACGGUCAAGAAGGCAAGUAAACAGCAUCAUGAGGGAAGAGGAUGACAUUAAGAUUCUGGAGGAAAACAUGAGGCAGGCUGCAGAGAAACUUAACCUGAAACAUAGAGCAUUUUGGAGCAGCCCAGAGUCCAGAACUGGAUCCUGUCAAAAGACCAGAGUGAUGGUGAGGAAGCCCUGGAGAUCAGCAGAGGAAGCUGAAAACUGAAACUGUGAUGGAAAAUAAAGGCUUUGCCACUGCUUACUGAAAAAGGCUCUGAAGAAUUAUGGACACGGAACUUUUACAUUUAUUUCUCCACCACAAUGUCUUUCUCUGUCAUGUCUAAGCAGAGGAAACCUACUGAUCAAGUCAGUAAGAAUAACUUCAGGCUUAACUGAACAGUAACAUUUCCACUGUUAGUAAAGAAUCUGAGAGACACCUCUAACCUCCUGGAUAAAAAAUAAUGAGAGAUUUCUGCCCAUUUUGAAUUUGCUAGCUGGAAAUGACAUUUGUUUUUAUAUGAUGUGAACCAAAUCUAAACAUCCUGCUUAUAUUUAUCCAUAUAUAAAUGUUACUUUAUAUUUUUCCAUGAAUCUCUUUUAUUGUGCAGCUAAGUGAAUAUUUUUUAAUCUUUGAGGAUUCUGGAAAUAGCUUCAGAGCAGUGCUGCGAUCCUCUAACUCUAACUCCAGCGUAACACUAACACAUGAGAGGCACAAACUGGAUCAAUCAUGUUCCACAUUAAAGGGAUACAGCUGUACAUAUGGGGACAGAAAUAACUUAUGAAAAAUGAAAUGAAUUAUGAAAAGAUAUUUAUUGGUGAAACUACUGUCAUUUGUGUUUACAAUUGUGUCUGUGAGUAGAAAUGUAGUUAUUGAAUGAAGGGAAUACGUUUUCUGUUUGGAGGAUAGAUCAGUCAUAUCCAUUCAGUUUAGGUCAAAGGGACAUUUGGACAUUUUGAAAUGAAGAACAUGAAAAAGGCACUGAAAUACAGCGUUCACAGUCAACACAUUCCCAGUUGUUUUGCAGUAAUCCUCAUGGUCGUCUUAACUUUUCAUUUUUGAACAAUAUUGUUUUUCUCUCAUAAUCAACAUGAACAUUGUAUUUCUCAACUGAUGUGCACUGAAAUAUGCUUAAUGUGAAAUUGUUAUUUUUCCGUUUGUUAAUUUAUUUUGUUUUGAUUUGUAGUGAAUAUCAAUGAUGUAAGGUCCUGGUAUGGUCCUGUGUCGUGCUGCUGCUGUGACCCCAAUAAAACAUCUGUGAAAACUGA